GCUUUAGGAAACUGUGGGCUUUCACCGGCCCCGGGUUCCUCAUGAGCAUCGCCUACCUGGACCCGGGCAACGUGGAGUCGGACCUGCAGUGCGGGGCGGUGGCAGGAUUCAAGCUGCUGUGGGUGCUGCUGUGGGCUACCGUCCUGGGGCUGCUGUGCCAGCGCCUGGCCAUCCGCCUGGGCGUGGUGACUGGGAAGGACUUGGCCGAGAUUUGCUACCUCUACUACCCCAAGGUACCUCGUGUCUUGCUCUGGCUUAUGAUGGAGAUCGCCAUCAUCACCUCUGACAUGCAGGAGGUGAUUGGGACAGCCAUCGCCUUCAGCCUGCUCUCAGCUGGCCACAUCCCCCUCUGGGGUGGGGUCCUCAUCACCAUCAUAGACACCCUCUUCUUCCUCUUCCUUGAUAAGUAUGGGCUGCGCAAACUGGAGGCUUUUUUUGGCUUACUCAUUACCAUCAUGGCCCUGACCUUUGGCUACGAGUAUGUGAUGGUGAGGCCAGCGCAGGUGGAGGUGCUGAAGGGCAUUUUCUUACCCUACUGCCCAGGCUGUGGGCGAAAGGAGCUGCUCCAGGCUGUGGGCAUUGUUGGUGCCAUCAUUAUGCCCCAUAACAUCUUCCUCCACUCCUCCUUGGUCAAGACACGAGUGAUUGAUCGGUCCAAGAAAGAGGUGGUGCAAGAGGCCAAUAUGUAUUUCCUGACUGAGUCCUGCCUGGCCCUCUUCAUCUCCUUCCUCAUCAACCUCUUUGUCAUGGCUGUCUUUGGUGAGGCUUUCUACCACCAGCGAAACCAGGAUGUGCACAGCCAGUGUGUCAACAGCAGUGUCAGCCACUAUGCUGGCAUCUUCCCCAACAACAACGAGACGGUCUCUGUGGAUAUCUACCAGGGGGGCGUCAUCCUGGGUUGCUACUUCGGGGCAGCAGCACUGUACAUCUGGGCCAUCGGGAUCUUGGCAGCAGGACAGAGCUCCACAAUGACCGGGACCUAUGCAGGGCAGUUUGUCAUGGAGGGCUUCCUGCAACUCCACUGGUCCCGGUUCGCCCGGGUUCUCUUCACCCGUUCCUUUGCCAUCCUGCCCACCGUUCUUGUGGCUGCCUUCAAGGAUGUCAGUCACCUCACGGGGAUGAACGACCUGCUCAAUGUCCUGCAGAGCAUCCUGCUGCCCUUUGCUGUCCUUCCUGUCCUCACCUUCACCAGCCUGCGCCCACUCAUGCAGGACUUCACCAACGGCCUCCCUGGGAAAGUGCUGAUGACCCUCAUCACAGGACUGGUUUGUGCCAUCAACAUCUACUUCGUGGUGGACUUUCUGCCCACACUGCAGGGACUGCAGUACUACAUCCCCCUGGGCUUGCUGACGGCUGCCUAUGUGGUCUUCGUUGCCUAUUUGAUCUGGACAUGCAGCAUCGCGCACGGAGCCUGGUUCCUGGCCCGGGGCCAUCACAGGCAGUUCAGCUUCGGCGUCUCCCUCGACACGUCGGCUCUGGCAGGGUCCCGGUGACAGACCCAGUCCCCGCUUACUGUCGCGUGUCCUCCCUGCCCCCCCUCAGCCAGCACGGGUCCCCUACGCCGGGCACCGCUUUGAUGCCGCACCGAGCCCGGGGAUGAUACCCUGGCCAGAGAGGCAUCCAGCACCGAAGGAGCGCAGAUCACCCCUCCGGCUUUUUAAAGUCCCCCAAGCUGCAAACGGGGCGGGGAGGGGGAUCUCAGCGCAGAAACUUCAGUGAAUGAGCCGCCCCAGAGACCUCCCCUCCUCCUUAGUGUCGGGAAUUGCCGGCACCCGGGACCGCUAAUCACCUCCCGGGACCGCUAAUUACGGUUCGGGACUGCUAAUCACUUCCCGAGACCGCUAACCAUCUCUCACCGCCGGCGCCCAGGCACGGCGGGGCCAAGCCCUGAGGACCCGAAGCUGCCAACCUCGCUGCCCGGGACUGUCCCCAGCCCCGAGACCGGCCGGAGCCCCUCAGGGUGCUCUUCAUCUCGAGAGCAGAGAUGCUAACGAUAGGGCCACUAAAUAGCGCGUUUGUAACCUGGCCUCAGCCUCGCUGCUGUUUGGCGCCCCCGGGACCAUAAGGGAACCUCCCCGGCCCCCUUAUCCCUCGGGCCGGACCCUUUGCCUGGGGCAGGGAGUGACUUGGCAGCGGGUGUCACAUCCACCACUGCGUGGCCGUUGGGGCGCGGGACGGGGGGGCUCAGUCCCAGCGCGUUACAUUCCCGCGGGGAGAGGCAGGGCGAGGUCGGGGCCCAUCCCGUGCCCUGCCCGCCCCGGAUGCCCCCUUUCCCGCCUGCAGGUCUCGCCGGAUGCGGGAUCAGUUGAGCCUUCCCCGCGGGCAGCCGUUGCCCCCAGCCCCCGGCUGCACGCCCCGGUGGAAGCGCGGAGGCGGGGGGGGGCAAUCGCCCUUCGCCCCCCGCCUCGGGCCGCACUUGCGAGACGCUCCCUGGCUGUUUCAAGGCUCCCCCCUGGCUCUAGCGCUCCCUCUACCCCCCAACAUCUCCUCUCCCAAACCAGCCCGGUCAGGAGGCGGAAAGGGGGAGCUCGGGGGGCCGCAGAGCACCCACUCCGUACGCCCCCUCCAGAAAGCAGAGCCCCCCCAGCUCCCCGGGGCCGCGCUUGUUUAUGUGAAGAAUUUCCCCUCUCUUAAAAGGGCGAUGCCGGCCGGGCUGGGGCGGUGCCUUCCCCCCCCCCCGCCUCCGCGUUGGCCCGGCCUCGGGCUGCUGGAGGAGGAGCGAGAGCUGCGGGCCCCACCGAAGGGCGGGGUCGCAUGUGUCCCCCCACCCACCGCGGGGCGCAGCCCGCGCCAGCUUGCCGAGGCUGCCGCAGGUCGCGGGGAGAGAGGUAGGGAGCACUCUAGUGCCUGCAAGAGGCAGCCCCAGCCCAGAGCGCCCCUGCCCAGGGGUUCAGGGCUGCAGAGCCC